GCCGUAUUUAGCGCGGCGGGGCCGGGCGCGCCGCGUCUGUCCCGCCGGCCCCGGCCGCGGCGUCCCCGCCCCGCUCGCCCGGCGCCAUGGAGCGGCCGGCGCCCCUGGCCGUGCUGCCCUUCUCGGACCCCGCGCACGCGCUGAGCCUGCUGCGCGGCCUGAGCCAGCUGCGCGCCGAGCGCAAGUUCCUCGACGUGACGCUGGAGGCGGCGGGCGGGCGCGACUUCCCCGCGCACCGCGCCGUGCUGGCGGCCGCCAGCCCCUACUUCCGCGCCAUGUUCGCGGGGCAGCUGCGCGAGAGCCGCGCCGAGCGGGUGCGCCUGCACGGGGUGCCGCCCGACAUGCUGCAGCUGCUGCUCGACUUCAGCUACACGGGCCGCGUGGCCGUGAGCGGCGACAACGCCGAGCCGCUGCUGCGCGCCGCCGACCUGCUGCAGUUCCCGGCCGUGAAGGAGGCGUGCGGCGCCUUCCUGCAGCAGCAGCUCGACCUGGCCAACUGCCUGGACAUGCAGGACUUCGCCGAGGCCUUCAGCUGCGCGGGGCUGGCGAGCGCGGCGCAGCGCUUCAUCCUGCGCCACGUGGGCGAGCUGGGCGCCGAGCAGCUGGAGCGCCUGCCGCUGGCGCGCCUGCUGCGCUACCUGCGCGACGACGGGCUGUGCGUGCCCAAGGAGGAGGCCGCCUACCAGCUGGCGCUGCGCUGGGUGCGCGCCGACCCGCCGCGCCGCGCCGCGCACUGGCCGCAGCUGCUGGAGGCCGUGCGCCUGCCCUUCGUGCGCCGCUUCUACCUGCUGGCGCACGUCGAGGCCGAGCCGCUCGUGGCGCGCUGCCCGCCCUGCCUGCGCCUGCUGCGCGAGGCGCGCGACUUCCAGGCGGCGCGCUACGACCGCCACGACCGCGGCCCGUGCCCCCGCAUGCGCCCGCGGCCCUCCACCGGCCUGGCCGAGAUCCUGGUGCUGGUGGGCGGCUGCGACCAGGACUGCGACGAGCUGGUCACCGUCGACUGCUACAACCCGCAGACGGGCCAGUGGCGCUACCUGGCCGAGUUCCCCGACCACCUGGGCGGCGGGUACAGCAUCGCGGCGCUGGGCAACGACAUCUACGUGACGGGCGGGUCCGACGGCUCCCGGCUCUAUGACUGCACGUGGCGGUACAACUCGAGCGUGAACGAGUGGACGGAGGUGGCGCCCAUGCUGAAGGCCCGCGAGUACCACAGCUCGGCCGUGCUGGACGGGCUGCUGUAUGUGGUGGCCGCCGACAGCACCGAGCGCUACGACCACGCCACCGACUCGUGGGAGGCACUGCGGCCCAUGGCCUGCCCGCUGGACAACUGCUCCACCACGGCCUGCCGCGGCCGCCUCUACGCCAUCGGCUCGCUGGCCGGCAAGGAGGCCAUGGUGAUGCAGUGCUACGACCCCGACGCCGACCUCUGGUCCCUGGUGGACUGCGGCCCGCUGCCGCCCUGGUCCUUCGCCCCAAAGACGGUGACACUCAACGGACUCAUGUACUUCAUCAGGGAUGACUCAGCCGAGGUGGACGUGUACAGCCCUGCCAAGAACGAGUGGAGCACCAUCCCAGCCAUGAACCAGGUGCACGUGGGGGGCAGCCUGGCCGUGCUCGGGGGGAAGCUGUACGUGUCGGGCGGCUACGACAACACCUUCGAGCUCUCGGACGUGGUGGAGGCCUACGACCCCGAGGCGCGGGCCUGGAGCGUGGUGGGCCGCCUCCCGGAGCCCACCUUCUGGCACGGCAGCGUCAGCAUCUUCCGCCAGUUCAUGCCCCAGACGCCGCUGGGCGGACGCGGCUUCGAGCUGGACAGCGGCCGCAGUGACCUGGACCCUGGCCGGCCAGGGCUGCCCCGAGACCCACGCGAGCUGCACUAGCCCCGGCCCGGCCCGGGGAGGGCCUUGAGCAGGCGACGGGCGCCCCGGGGGCACCGCGAGCCCCUUCUCGGUGCGCGAGGCUGGGGGCGGCCGUGGGCCGGCCGCGCCUGGCGUUCCUGUAGCGCCCUCCCUGGGCCGAGGAGGAGCUGGAUCCUGUGCUGGCCGGGAGCCCUCCUCAGCUCCGCUGCGGCCGGAGGGGCCCGCCCGGCCCCCCCUGGCCUCUGAGCCAGGACACGGCCCUCGGGCCACAAGGACCCGCUGUGAGAUUCUGGCCCGGAGACCGGCUGAGCCCCAGGGACCCGCUGUGGCCGGCUCCACCCGGGCACUCGGGGCUCCUGCUGGUGGAGACCCCGGGUGGAGGCCGCCCACGACCCCCCAGCUCCCGGAGGCCUGCAUGUUCUCUGGGAGGUGCAGGCAUUUCUGUGGUUCGGGGGGUCUUACUCCCCCAAAGUCGCCUUUGCCCGAGCGGUGAGGGCGUCUUCACCAGGCGGCAGGAAACGGGGCCGAGCUGACCCCGCCGGGAGUGAGCAGAGUUUGCGGCCAGGACAUUUUGGUGCCACCUCGAGAUUGGCACUUGGGAGCCGCGGAGCGCAUAAACGAAGACGCUUGCAUGCAGCUGGCCCGGGAAGGAGAAUCUCGCCCUAGGCGCGGUCCUCGCCGUCGACGAGGCGGUUGUGGGGAAUCCGAGCUGCCCAUCCCCCAGGAUGCCCAGCUGUGGGGUAGUUCUGUCCCCUGGGGUGGCGUAUCUAUAUCCAGGCCCCCUGCCCUCAGCCGCCGCGGCCCUGCUUUCUUCCCAGCCGGCUGGGCCAGCUGCGGGGUGACCAGGAGGCUCCCCUGUGGGCAGAGGUUCCGUGGGUGUGGAUGGGACUCGGCCGGUGACCAGCACCUGGGUCCGGGUGGGGGCUCCUCCCCGCGGGCCGGCUGGCCACAGUCCGAGGCAGGACAAGCCCCGGGACGUCCCGUGGGAAGUGGGCUCCAGGGCUGAGGCCGGACCCAGUAAGUUAUGAAGCGACGGCGCGUAUUUAAGUGGCCUCUAGUGGAUUCUGUAUUUAUGUGCCGGCCCAGGGCGGCAUCCGCGCCCUGCUCGAGGCCACGGGCACCUUAGACACUUUUUGAAAUAAAGCAAUUUCCUAGA